CUAAAAAUCAAAUGUUUUCUUGCGAUAGAUUUUACUCCAGAUCUAUUAACCAAAUCAAGGAGAAAGAGGGCAAAAGUAAUACAACAAUACAGAUAUCAUACUGGGAUCCGGUGGCUAAUGAGGACAAGUACACACUCGUGAAGGUGACCAACCGGUGCACCACAACCGACGCCAUACAGUCGGCCAUUGAUGAGUUCAAAUGCGACGGACCCGUCGACGACUACCAACUCUGGGUGAAGACAUCACGAGAUGACACACCCUAUCCGCUCAUCGGACACGAGUACCCGUUUGCCAUCAAGAUGAACUUCGUGCGGGAUCUGCUCCACCGAUCCAAUCUGGAUCUCCAGAACUUUAACAACAUCGCCGCCGACAACAAGUGUAUAUUCAUAUUGAGGCGAUCGUAUCCCAAGAACACUACCGGCGCUCUACUCGACAAUAGCGCCAAGAAGUCGAAGAAUAAGAGGCGACCAAUCAAUUGGCGGCCAUUCAAGAAGAUCAGUAUUAAGACCAGCGGUGGUGGAGGUGGCGGUGAUGUCUCCCUCGAUAGUGGUAUAUCUACGAGCGAGCCCUCCACGCCCACCAAACCGGGCAAAUUGUUUGGCCAACACUUGGACCUACUGUGCAAUGGGGAACAGCUGCCAAAGCCUAUU